AUGUCGGCUCCUCGCAGUUCCGCUCAAUCCCGCCGGACCAAUCCAGGCGCUGGACAGGGCAAUACCAGAUCAGGUAAUCAAGGUUCUGGGCAAGCACAGACUACACAAGCGAAUGGACAAGACCUUGCACCUGCUCAUACCGAAGAUGAUGUAGCGCUCACCGACGACAACGAAGACCACGCCGAGGAGUCGGUCAAUGGUGCAGACCCAGAGGCUGUUGGGAAUGGGAAUGGAGCCUAUGCUGUUCCAGACACAAAUGGCUCUGCUCCCAAUUCUGUAUCAAGCGAUGACACUUCCUGGUUCAAGCGGUCUUGUAAAGAAGUCGUCGUCCCAAUCCCCAAAGGAAAACUUACCCCAGGAGAUACCACAGGCGCUCUCGCUAACAAAGGCAUUUCUACCGAAAUUAGUCGGGAUAAGCUCCACGUCGUCUUCUCUGAUCAAGACCUCAUCUGGGAUGGUACUCCGCAAGUCCUUUCCUACUGGUUUAUCGAAGGCACGCCCAAGCAGAAAUCCAAAGUCCGCGAAGCCAUUGAUGAAUGGACUUGGUACGCCAAUGUCACCUUUGAAGAGGCAGCUUCUAUCCAGGACAGCAACAUUCGUAUCACGUUCGACCCGAACGAUGGAAGUUGGGCAUACAUUGGCAAACAAUGCGAAAAGAUCGGCCCCAAUGAACCUACCAUGAAUUUAGCAUGGCUCGACAGGUUCUCGCCCAUCACUUCGAACGAGAGAGCUACAAUCCUCCACGAAUUCGGACAUGUACUUGGUCUUCUUCACGAACAUCAAUCGCCUGCUCAUGGUGGCCAAGCGAUUCGCAAUGUACAGGCAGCUAUCAAUCUCUACACCAAGACUCAAGGAUGGUCUGUUCAGCAAGUCUAUGACCAAGUCAUCAACGUUUACGCCAUGAAUGAAGUAUCGAACUUUUCACAGGUCGAUACUUCCUCUAUCAUGCACUAUCCUCAGCCUAAAGAAAUCACUGGUUUAGCCCAGGAUAUCCCAUACAACACGAAGCUAACUGAUCUCGACAAAGCUUACAUAAUCCUACAGUAUCCUCGCAAGGAGAUGCAUCCAAGAGCUGCCAAGGAUGGCUGGAAUUUCGAAAAGGCUCUCAACGUUAUUGGUGCUCCUAAGGAUGUUAAGGCUCGAGUUCUUCAGAGCUUCUACACAAACAAAGACCCCGAGUCUGGCGAAAUUGAUCCUCAGGAUUCUAGACUCAUCAUUGAGCAAUGGACUCGCAGUGCACAUCUGAAUACUGGAGUCAAUGGCAUGCCUAAUGGAAUGCCUGCGAAACUCCAAAUUGCUCAUGACGUAGGGCAUGGGGUCGCUAAUGAUGAGCUCCCACUGAGAGCACAUGCGGAUCUCCCGCCGCGUCCGACCAUUGGCAACGCUGAUGAAGGCGACAAUACAUUUAUCAAGAAGCUUUAUGACCAGCUUAGCAAACUUUACAACCCUGGAGGAGCACAAUACUUCGCACUCCAGUUUCCAACACGAUUUCUCGAUAAGCAGACCUAUGCUUACAAAUUGAACGGCUACUUCUCUCGCAUGGAAAAGCCAGUUGUGGUCAACGAAGCCGAGUUUGCUCUGACUGACGCUCUCUAUGAUGUCGCUCCUAUUGUCGGUGGUCCAAAUGGUCAGACACUAUCUCGGAACUAUGAAAAGGCUUUGAACAGUCUCAUUCCAACAUUCGAGGACAAAGAAGUCAGGAAGCAACGUGAGAAGAUGCGAGCCUGGUUAAUGAAGACGACAAAGGCUGGCAACGCCGCAUACACAGUCGAUACUCGGCUGAGUCUUCCCGGCAUCUCCGCUCAAACGGCCAAAGAACUAUCCGACACCAAUGGCAUGGUGAUAACUCCAGCUAGCGGAGAACCAGCACUGGUAGACCAAGAGUCGGCUAAACAAAUCGCACAACAAGCCAUCAACAAUAUCAAAAGUCUUAACCGUGAUCGUCCAAGAGCUAUGACGCGUAUGGAGUACUCCGAGUCUUUAAUGCAAGCUUAUCUCAACGAGCGGAGGGAUUGGGAAUUGAGAAAGGACGCCAAGUUCAGAGAAGCCUCGGAGGCCGCAGCUACAGAUCCAUCGAAGAUGGAAGCCCUGACGAGAGAGCUUGCUCAUACCUCGGCUAUUGAGGAAGCCAAAAUCGCAGCCAAAUAUUCAGACGCCGUUGUCAGAGGUUAUACCCACACAGUGCGUGGAUUCAUGGGUCAUCUCGACAUCAAGACCACAGGUGAAUCUCUGCAGGACGCAAAGGACGCAUUCCGACAGUCGGCCCUUUCUUCCGUGUAUACAGCUUCUUCAGUCUGGCCCGUAGCUAUGCAGCCAACGGAUUGGUUCGAAGCGCUCGACACAGGCUUCACCCGUGAAGACUUAUCGCAAGACUCUGCUCUCAUCGAGGCAGCCGUCAAAGCCAAAGCUCAACUCAUUGACACUCUGGAGACCCAGAUGGCCAAUCUACGUGGUUUCAACAAGGGCGACCCAGCUGAGGCCAAGCAGAAGAUGAUUGAUGCUGCAGCUGCAAGAGAAGAAGCAAUGGCUAAGCUUCAACAGAAGUAUACUGCCUCGACUAUAUCUGCGGUCAAACUAGCCCUCGAAGUUGCUGCACUCGCAAAUCCUACUACUGCGGCUCUCCAAACUGCCAAAGCCGGUCUUGAAUUUCUAAACAAGGAACCGGUUACGGGUGAUAGCGAUGAAAUUAAGGAAUCCAAGAAGACUGUCGCCGACCUAUUCAGGGGCGAUAGCACUGUUCUAACAGAUAUCGGAAAUCAAAUGGAUGAUGUCUCUCGAGCGAACACAGCGGUCAAUCAAGCUUCUCGAGUCCUGACAGAGCAUAUGAGUCAGUAUUCCGAGGCCGUUGCUGGUGACACCAAGAACCUCGUCGAUGCUUUGCAGAGGCAGGUAACGAGUGCCAAAGCAGAGCUUGCGGAACUUCAGGAGAGCUACACCAUCUCCAAGAGAGCUUCUCCAUCAGCAAGUGCUGAUCUGCAGAAGAGCAGCGCAGAAGUUGGCAAGCUUCCACAGAACAACGGGGGAUCUCGCUGGUCUGAGGUUCAAAUUUCUUCCGUGGUCUCGAACAAAUAUUCCGCCACUUCAUCUAGCAGUUCCUCAUCGGUCAGCAGCUACAAUUGUAAUUUCUGGCUCGGCUCCUCAUCAGGAAGUUCAAGCAGUUCAUCGGCCGAAAACUCAAGCCGAACGAUGUCAAACACUCUCAAAGUCGACGUCGCAAUGCGAACCACUUAUGUGACCGUUGACAGAUCAGGCUGGUUCGAUCCCUCAUUGCUCAGUAUGAGUAAGUCGUUCAUGAGGGGUGCUGUCAAAGAAAACUACGUCCCGUGGUCUGAGUGGAAAACGGGAGAGGUCCCUGAGGAUGCGACGAAAGCCAUCCGAGACAUGAAUAAUAACAAGAAGCCGACCGGGUAUUUUGCUGCAUUCCCAGUCGGUUAUGUCUUGGUCAAAGAUUGUGUUAUCAAGAUUGCUUCUGACGCUCAAGAUGCAUCAGCUUUCAAGAAGGUCUUCGAUUCACAGUCUGAGAGUUCUGGCGGAUUUCUCUGUUUCUCCCAUAGUUCAGGGUCAAGAUCGUCCAGCGACUCGAGCUCUUCAUCGUCGACGCAAACCCAAGAUGGUAUUGUAGUUCGCAUUCCCGGACCACAGAUUCUUGGCUAUGUCAUGCAGCUCACCGGCCAAGAUCAAUCUCGGCCAUUUGCUGCAAUGCUAGAGGCCGAUCUUUUCUUCGAGGAUGAAGAUGAUGCGCCCAAGCCAAAAACCUCCGGUACCACUGGAAGAGCCAAUGCCUUUAAUGUAAACGCAGCUGCGGCCAGCGGUCCAUCCCCCGCGAAUACUGGCAUUCGGAGCUACGAUGAGGAGAACCACAUGUCUGCUGCUGCCGCGCCUGGAGCUCCGAGGCCACCACGUCCUGCAAAUGCAUUCAACCCAAAUGCAAGUGCUGCUUCUGCCUCUGGUUCUAGUGAAGCGCCUGGUCAGCUUCUCGAUGCACUGCAGACUGCCCUCAACGGCUCUGAUGUCUCUAACUGGCUAGAUGGUCAACCAUCUGGAGCAAAGGAAGAGAUUUGGGCUAAGUUACAGGCUGCUUUCGGAAAGGUCGGACGGUAG